AUGUUCCUUCGCUCCAUCGCUCGCGCUGCUCCUCGCAGCCCGGCCGCCAUCCGUGCUGGCCCAUUGGCCUCGCUGAACGCCCUGCAGGCCCGCGCUGCCUCCGACCACGCCAUCUCGAACCCUACCCUGGCCAGCAUCGAGAAGCGUUGGGAGGGCAUGCCCCCUCAGGAGCAGGCCGAGCUGUGGAUGCAGCUCCGUGACCGUAUGAAGGUUGACUGGCACCAGAUGACCCUCCAGGAGAAGAAGGCCGCCUACUGGAUUGCCUUUGGUCCUCACGGCCCCCGCGCCGAGACCCCCAAGGGUGAGGGCCUGAAGAUCUUCCUCAAGGUCACCCAGCUCACCGUCGCCUCCUUCCUUGUCUUCUACGCCAUCCACUACUUCGCCAAGCCCCAGCCCAAGACCAUGUCCAAGGAGUGGCAGGAGGCCUCCAACGAAUACGCUCUGUCCGAGAAGAUCAACCCCAUCCACGGCAUCAGCAAGGAGGGCUACGAGGGCAAGGGCUUCGUCCAGAGCCCCCCUCUCGAGAAGUCAUAA